GCGGGAAUCAUUUUUGGCUCUCAAAGCCACGUUAUUAUCUGCGGAGGUCUUGGGCAUAUAUGACCCGCUUUUGCCUACACGCGUCACUACGGAUGCGUCCGACUAUGGCAUUGGUGUCGUCCUCGAGCAACACGAUUGGCGUGGACCGACACCCGGUCGAGUAUUUCCGCAAGAAAGUGCCCGCCGUGCACUCCAUUGACGAUGCACGCAAGAAGGAGCUCCUCGCCUUCAUUCACGCGCUCAAGCAGUGGCGACACUUCCUCCUUGGCCGAAGCCAAUUCCGAUGGGUAACGGACAACAUUUCGUUGGUCUUUUACAAGACCCAAGACACCGUCAACAGCACCAUCGCUCGAUGGAUGGCUUUCAUCGACCAGUUCGACUUCUUUCCCGAUCACAUUCCGGGGAAGUCGAACCGUUUUGUGGAUGCUCUUUCACGACGUCCGGAUCAUUGUACCGCGGUCUAUUCAACCUUCGAGAUCGACAACGACCCGCGGGACAGCUUCAUCCGCGGCUACCAAGCCGACCCCGAGUUUGGCGACAAGUACGCGAAUUGCUCCUCUCCUAAUCCGGCGCCUUCUCACUACCGGAUCCAAGAGGGGUACUCGCUUGUCCACACAGGGGGAAGGACCUUCUUUAUGUACUGAGUGACCCUCACUUGCGUACACGGCUUCUUGGCAAGUUCCACGAUGCUCCCGCCACCGGACACUUUGGAGUCAAUCGCACGA